GCCUUCGUAAGAAAGAGCUGGCUAGAACCAGACUGAGUGAGAACUGAGACGGAGGCGGCGAGAGUCGCGUCGCCCUGCCAAACGCCACCAGAUUCGUUUGGAUCGACGGACCAGCCACACCCACCUUCACGCACGACCCUACCGAUCGUCCUCCCCUCCCCUUUUUUUCAGAAGUUCUGCCCAAAACCCCAAGACCGAACCUUGCCCUAAGUCCUGUAUCGCCAGACCAACAGUUGUCUCCUUCUCCUCUUACGACAGAAACAAACGGGAUCAGCCAUGAUUUACACUGCAAUAGACACCUUUUACCUAACUGAUGAGCAGCUGAAGGAUUCACCGUCCAGGAAAGAUAAUAUAGAUGAAGCUACUGAGACAACCCUUAGAAUCUAUGGUUGUGACCUCAUUCAGGAAGGAGGGAUAUUACUCAGGCUACCCCAAGCAGUAAUGGCAACUGGUCAAGUUCUGUUCCAUCGUUUCUACUGUAAGAAGUCAUUUGCUCGCUUCAAUGUUAAGAGAGUGGCUGCUAGUUGUCUUUGGCUUGCAUCAAAACUUGAAGAAAGUCCCAGAAAAGCACGGUAUGUGCUAAUGGUUUUCCACAGAAUGGAGUGUAGGAGAGAGAAUUUACGAGUGGAGCAUUUGGAUCCAUUUUCAAAGAAAUAUGCUGAGUUGAAGAUGAAUCUUAUUAGGACAGAAAGACAUCUCUUAAAGGAAAUGGGAUUUAUCUGUCAUGUGGAGCAUCCUCAUAAAUUCAUAUCAAAUUACCUAGCUACCCUCAAAACUCCUCCAGAACUGAGACAAGAAGCUUGGAACCUUGCCAAUGAUUGUUUGCGGACAACCUUGUGUGUUCGGUUCAAGAGCGAGGCAGUGGCCUGUGGUGUUGUGUAUGCUGCUGCACGCAGAUUUCAUGUACCCCUUCCUGAGGAACCACCAUGGUGGCUAGCAUUUGAUGCAGACAAAUCUGCAAUAGAUGGUGUCUGCACAGUUUUGGCACACUUAUACACCCUCCCCAAGGCUCAGUAUAUACACGUUUGCAAAGACGAUGGUUCUUUUACAACUGCUGCUGCCAAGUCCUGGGACUCUCCAUCUCAGCUGUUACAGAAGGAAAGUUCUCCUAGUGUUGUUAUUCUUCCUCUAGGUCAAGCUGUUGAUGCCGAAUCCGGUGGAACUAAAGAUGGAAACGUGAAAGCUGCUGCUACUCUUGACAAGUUGAAAGAGUCUAAGAAGAGUGGUGAUGAUUUAGAGAGCCUACCAAGUGAUCAACCAAAGGAAGAAGUAGCAUUUAAAUCGAAACCUGAGUUUAAAAUUGAAGCAAGGGAUAGGGGAAAGGAGAGGGAAAGAAUCAAAGUUCGGGAGCGUGACAGAGGAAGAGAUUCUGAUAGGGAAAGGGAGCGAGAUGAUUUGGAUAGAGAAAGGGAGAAAAUGAAGGACAGGAAUCAUCGGUCCAAGGACAAAGGAAAGGACCCAGGAGGACUUGCAGAGAGGUCAAGACAUCACUCUUCUCGAGAUCGAGAUUAUCACAACUCAUCUUACUCUAGGGACAAAGAUCGCCAUAGACAUCACUAAUGCACUCUCUGUUGGUUGAUACAAUAUAUGUGCUGCUCCUUUUGUACCUUAUGUUGAGACUUGGUUUCACUAGACUAUCUUUUUGAUACUUAAAAGAAGAGGAACAAUGAAGUGGAACUUCCUAUAUGGUCUUGGAUUGGAUAUUAAGUAAUGAGAACAAUGUCUUAGAGAAAAUAUUGUUUGCUAGUGUUGAGUUUCAAUUCUAAACUGUUGCAAAUUAUAAUGAAUUUUGUAGAAUCUAAUCUUGUGUUAGUGUAAUUAAUGGGUCAUUCAUUAAUGUUUAAU